AUCAUAUGACAACCACGGAUCAUAUGACUGAGGAAGAUGGCUGCGCAGGGAAGAGGGUGGAUGUUGUUGCUUCUGUGCGUCUCCUUCGUCUGGGAAACCGUGUCAUGGAAGACCGCCAGCAACGACACGGAGCCAGUCCCGGUGGUCAUUUGGCAUGGCAUGGGUGACAGUUGCUGUAAUCCUCUUAGCAUGGGAUUUAUCAAGAAACUGGUGGAACAAGAAAUCACAGGAAUUUAUGUCUUAUCCCUGGAAAUUGGAAAUAGCAUUGCUGAGGACAUGGAGAACAGUUUCUUCAUGAAUGUAAAUGACCAGGUUGAGCUGGUGUGUAAUAUAUUGUCCAAGGACAAGAAUCUACAGAAUGGAUACAAUGCAAUGGGCUUCUCUCAAGGUGGUCAAUUUCUGAGAGCUGUGGCACAGAGAUGUCCUUCUCCUGCAAUGUUAAAACUUAUCACGUUUGGAGGCCAACAUCAAGGAGUGUACGGUUUACCUCGCUGUCCUGGAGAGACUUCCCAGAUCUGUAACUUGAUAAGAAAAAUGCUGAACGUGGGUGCGUACAGCAGUCCAAUCCAAGACCACUUGGUGCAGGCAGAGUACUGGCAUGAUCCCUUAAAUGAAGAUCUAUACAGGGAGAAGAGUAUUUUCUUGGCAGAUAUUAAUCAAGAAAGGGGCAUUAACGAAACCUAUAAGGUGAAUCUGAUGAAAUUGAAAAAACUUGUAAUGGUGAAAUUCUUGAAUGAUACCAUGGUUGAUCCAGUUGAUUCAGAGUGGUUUGGUUUCUAUAAAGUUGGCCAAGCCAAGGACACUUACAGCUUGCAGGAGAGUGCUCUUUAUCAAGAGGAUCGGUUGGGUUUGAAGACAAUGGACAAAGCGGGCAAACUACAAUUUCUAACUGUGAAUGGUGAUCACCUUCAGUUUUCAGAAGAAUGAUGGACAUCAUCCUAACACCAACACCAUCAUCUCUGGGUAUAACAAUGAUGAACAGAAUCAGGAACAAGAACACCAUUUGGAGGAAGCACCGAGGGUGGAAAAGGUAUAGAUCGUACUACGGCUAGGAAACUCAGUUGCAAUCAACUAUCCUCUAGGAUUCUUGAGGCACGUAGCUGCUCAACCCAGCCUAUAGCUGGAGAAGUAACCAGACUUAUAACCUACUUGAUCUUGAGAGAUGUUGCAGAUGCAUCUGUGUGACAGUAUAGGCAGGAGGGACCACCGCAGAGACCUUCUGGAGGCAAAGUUCCACUGUCACCAUAUUGAGGACAUGCCACCAUUAAGUUGAGACACACUAUUAUGCUACGUUGGAUAGAUUUAGCGGUGGGCGACCAACAGCAGAAUUUAACCACAAUUUGUAAUCCCAUGGACUGGCAUAUCCUAUUAUCAAUCAAGCUAGGAGAUCAAAUCUGGUUCAAUGAAUAGGGCAAGAUGUCAAACUGGUAAAAGCUAUAAAACAGGACUACCUGCAGGACAAACAGAUCAGGUCUUUUUUUUGCAACUGUGCCACAUUCAGCCAUUAAAUGGAGGAGGAUGAUAAUUACAGCACCAACAGGAGCAGGAGGCUCCACAAAUAUACUCAUCCAUGGUGAUGAAGAAGCCCAAUGUUUAGGAUAAGGUUGGAGUAUUCAACCACCUUCAACCAGAAUUGCUGAGUGUAUAUGAUUCACUUGCAGCCUCCUGAGGUUCCCAGCAUCACAAAUGCCAGUCUUUGGUGGAUUUGGUUCACUCCAUGUAAUAAAAGAAACAAGUCACAAGACAAAGGCUAUAGGCCCUGACAACAUUCAAAAAUACUGAAGGUGUAUGCUGCAGAAUUAGCCAUGUCCUUCUAGUACAGGUACAAAAUUGGCAACAAAUGGAAAACUGCCAAAGUAUGCUCACUCAAAUGGCUUGACAAAUCCAACGAAACCUCUUACUUCCCAUCAGCCUACUUUCAAUCAGGCUGUCAACACCAAUGGCUACAUAAUAUAUAGCCAUAGGUCCCAUUCAACUAUUUUAGUCUUUCAGAUCUUGAUGAUUUUAAAUUAGUCUCAGAACUUUGCCACCAAUC